CUCUCUCUCUUUCUCUCUCACAGUCUCAAUAUUCAGUCAUUCCAGAACAAGAAACAACGAAGGAAUUAACUGAAACUCAUACCUGUUACCAUUAAUCCUCUCUCUCUCUCUCUCUCCAAUGGCUGCAGAGGAUGUUUGUGAAAAAGGAAUGUUGUGGUUACCUUCUCAUGUCCUAGACGAGAUUUGUGACACAAAGACAAAGGUGAAUAUGAGUCAACCACAACAACAACACAAACAUUAUCAUCAUCAUCAUCAUAAAUCACCCAAAGAGUCACUUCCACUUCCACUUCCACAGCAUUUUAAAUCUAGAUCAAGACCACAUCAAAGACAGAAAAAUGGCCCUAUUUGGGCAUCUGGAGGACCUGGAAUGCAAGCUAUUUUCCUUGAGUCAGGCAGAAGAUCAGGUGGUACGGGAGUUUUUCUUCCACAAAGAGCAAAGACCAAUUUCCAACCAAAUAAGAAGCCAGCCUGCUCUCUGAUUCUCCUCCCUUCUCGAGUGGUUCAAGCUCUCAACCUCAACGUCCAUGCAUUAGGAUUGCCUGUAUCACCUCAAGAAGAUGACAAAACUAAAGGUAGAGAUUGCAAUUCAAACAUAAAUAAGAACGACAAGGACUUACAAGCUCAAUGUUGUGCAAGCGUUAUUUCCCAUAAUCAAAGUUCUUCACCAGAGAUAUUUCUUCCAAAGGAAUGGACAUACUAGCUCAAAGUGGACCAACUAGUUAUAUUGUACCAAAAACUCAUAAAGCUAAAGCUAGGCAUAAGCUCUUGUUUUAUUUCUGUGUGGUUAAUUGUAUCAAGUAAUGCAAAAUAAAAUAAU